AUGCGUUCGUUAUUAUUGAUCGUUCUUUCGACGCUGGUCGUGUUUCUAACAUCUACCGGUGCUGUCCCGCCCAAUGCUCCCAACCUCAAAACCGUGACGAAGAAUCAGAAGUACAUCCUCACGUGGCCUGCUGAAGACUCCGUCAAUGAAAAGAGAAGCUUGCGGGCCGAUCGCAGGGGCGUGGAUAUGGAAGCGUUCAAGACUGACGAUGAAGAGCGAGGGUCAACGAUUAUGGAGAGAUUGAUGGCACCUCUCUAUGGACUGAAACUCGGAUUUUCUCCUAGCACACAGUCGAAGUGGGUGCUACGCUACGAGGAACAAAUUUUUACCAAGCUUUACAACGCCAAAGAGACUCCAGUAAGCCUAAGAGCCAAGUAUACCGGUAGGAAUGGCAAUGCCGUAUUCCACAGGUUCAAAGCUUGGUACGAGAAAAAGGUUGCUGCAAAACGGGUUGGCGCCCAAUUAAGGAUUUUGAAAGAAUACGGUUAUUUCUAA